AUGAUUGAAUGGAUUAUACUUUGUGUGAUAUUAUACCUUUUACAUAAAACUAAUCCCACUAGUACCUCAUUUCACAAUUUUAUAUCAAAAAAAAAUGAAUCGUCAUCUUCCACCACUUCCACAAGUAAAGAAUUAUUUGGUUUUUUUAAGAAAAUAUUUAGUGAUCAACCAACAGUUCCAGAAUACACAAGAGAUGAUUAUGUUAUAUUUUCAAUCGUCAAUCUAAAAGAUGGCUCUGCAACUUAUUUGGGUGUUGGAGGUGUAUGGUUUGUAUUGAGUCAAAUAGAACUAAUCGAAACUGGAGGUAUUGGUGGUAGUGGUAAAGAAACAGCGGUCGAAUUAAAAUUUUUGGAAGGAUCUGCUAAUCAAGAAAAAGAAAACGCUAUUCAAGCUAAAGGAAAAAGAGAUUAUAAUUCAGCAGCAAAAUAUUAUAUAUCAGCAGCAAAAAAAUUUGAAAAAAUUAAUGAUAAUUAUAGUUUAUUGGAGGCUGCUGGUUGUUAUGAAGAUGCGUAUAAAUCAUUACAACAAACUAAACAGCCUGACAAAGCAAUUGAAAUGUUGGAGAAGGCAGCUUUGAUUUAUGAAAUCAAUGAUAGACAAAGUACACGUGCUGCUAGAAUAUAUGAACAGAUAGCUGAGCAAUAUAAAAAAUCUACGGUAAAUUCAUCAUUAAAAAAUUUAGGGAAAGCUUUAACUGCACAUGAAAAGGCUGCUGAACUUUUUGAAAGAGAAGGAGAUGGUCGUCAUUUGUAUUCUAUAAUUUCACAAGCAGAAGUAGCAGCAGAAAUUGGUUAUUAUGAUAAAUCAAUAUUACUAUUUGACAGUAUAAUGUUUACAGUGGCAAAUGAUAAUUUAUUACAGUAUAAAGCUACUGGAUUUGUAUAUUGCCAAUGUAUUUGUAUGAUUGGUUUGGGUGAUUGGAUUAGACUUGAAAAAUUUCUGGCUGACUCUAUUGAUCUAUAUCCUACUUUUGCUGAUAGUAGAGAAUGUAAAUUUAUCAAGGAAUUAAUUACAGCAAGAAAUAGUUUUGAUCCAUCAACUUUUGCAACUGCAUGUAAAAAUUUCGAUAAUUUUAGUAAAUUAUCACCAUGGCAAACUAACAUAUUACUUCAAGCUAAAAAAAGUUUGGAAACUGAAGAUUUGAAAUAA